UUCAAGAUCAAGAGUCUUAUAAGAUUUUAAUAAAGAAGGUAAUGCGAUUCCACAAGAUCAAGAGUUCGUUUUACGUAGCGUUGUCCUAAUUGCAGUGUUCGACACAUCAUUCUUGAAGAAUUGUUCUUUUCAUUUACAGUACGUUUCACUGGCAGGUUAUUCGUUCAAUAAAGAAAUCAUAAUACUAUGAUGUGACUCUCCACAAACGCCAACAAUGCGCGGUUUGGAAAAAAUGAACCAGUUUAAGUGUGUUAUCAUGGUUUAUGUAAUCCUCAUUUUUCAAUGCGAUAUCCCAAGUAUAACAGCGGAAAGAAUAUGCUUCAAUCGCGCAUCAAAUCAGUCAAAGGGCAGCAUGGUGUACAGUAGAACGCAUGUUAGUUGUGAAUGGACGUUCACUGGAAGAAAAAUUCAAGAAUGUGCUCUUUUCCUGUAUGUGUCCAAAACCUCUAGGCCUUGGUACCGUUGCUCGGAUUCAUAUAUGAGUAUUUUAGAUCGAAAAAUAUGUUUAUCUGAACGUCGUUGCUAUAUUUACUCAAGAAAUUCUUCGAUAUGUAACUUCAAUAAAAUAUAUGAAGAAAAAUCUAACAAUUACGGAAAAUGUAUGAAUGACGAAUGGAGAAUCGUAGACGAGCUCCCAACAAAGAUAACGUUGUAUUCUCUAUACGAUUUCACACUUCAAUACAAUUUCAUCAGUGGAUACGAAGACAGCCAAACCACAAACGAGUCCACCAGACCAAGAAAUAGCACGAUUACUGCUCAAACAAGCUGCUCCUUUUCAAAUGCUAUACCAAUUGUCCUUGGUAUUCUCCUACUUUGUGCAUUAGGAAUAAUUGGAUGGAUGUUUAAAAGGCACAGAAAGCUCACGGCACCACUUCGGAUUCCGGUUGUGCAAUAUUCUCUCAGAAACUCUCAAAGAUACGAACCAGGUUUGACACUCCCACCACAAUCAGGGUCGUCCGCUCAGACCCAAGCUCAAGUUUCCUCCGCAUAUUGUGAUGUAGCAACAGCCAGAAAUCUACACUCCGGUGGUAUUGCAAAUGACGCGGUUAAUCCGGUAAACGUUAACCAGCAAGCUUGCGUUUCAUACGGCUAUUCGGUAGUAAACAAGUCCAAAUAAAAACGGUAACAAGUUUCAAGUUUAAUAAAGAAUACAAAUUACAGAUUCGUCGUGAAAAUCGACAACAGUGCCAUUGUGAUAAAAAUGGCGACAAACUGGACAGUUUAUCCGGUAUCUUAAACGCAUCGCUAAAGGGAGUGUGUGAUUUGCCUGUUAGUAUAACAUCUUAAAUCAACAUAUUUGAUUGCAUAAAUGCAUGAGAUUUUAUUGCGCGAAACCCUCAAAAUAAAAUUUUGAGGUGGCAUAAAAUUAUUGAGAUAAGACACGAAUUUUAUACUAUUUGCGGAGUUAAAAACCAGGUAUUGUCGCGCAUGAAAAAGUUAACGAUAAUGUGUGAAUUUGAUGGUGCGCUAUCUCUGCGAAGCAAUGGUUAUUUGGUGUGUUUAAGCUUUAAGGGUUCGCCUCGUCAUGUUUGAACCACUGGUCACCUCUAUCAAUCCCUCUACGUCGUCCAAGACGACGCGAUAUCCAGAAUUUCUGCGGCACCACCACGGACUGAUUGAUUAUAGCAUGAAAUGAUUAUCAAUGUCGCGCUCUUUACUAAGUGUAACGAUCUCCAUAAGACUUCCUUCGAAAGUGCUGUGUCUCAAUAAACAUUAUUGUGCUAUUGGCAUGACAUGAGAAGGUGCGAUUCAGCUGAAAACCAUAUGAGUGAUUGACAAUUUUGCGCAACAGAUGCUAGUCUGUUAUAACGCCAAUGAGUUAAUUUGGAACAUAUAUAUUCUAGAGAGAAAAUGACUUUUGUAUAAAUCGUUUUAGAUUUACGAAACUUUGGGUAUUAUUUAUACACAAUCAGGAGUGAACAAAAUUAAGUUUUCUUCCAUUUUCAAGUAAUUAAAAUAUUUAUAGAUUCCGUUUUUGGAGGUCACUCUGUAUGUUUAAUGUUAAAUGCGCUUACAGUUUUCUCUUAGAUCUGUCGCAAGGUUCUGUGGAAAUUUAUACUAUCUCAGUUUUCAUUGCUGCACUGAAUUAUUAGAAAUCAACAUUUUUUUGCGUAAACGCUCUCCUAUAUCUUUUUUCAUUGUUAUUAUCAAGUCAAAAUACUAUUGCGCUGUUGCCAUCGAACAAUGAUUUCGCUAUGUGUCUCUCAAGAGCUGUCUCUAUUGUCAACCGCCAUGUUGCACAGAAUGAGUCGAUUGAUUAAAAUUGAAAAGUAAGAAUUAGAUUACUAAAAUAGAAUAUGCUAAUAUAUUAAAAACAAUAAUUGUUUUCCUAGAAUUUGUAAUUGCAUAUGAAUAUUUUUUCUGUUUGUUUAUUCUAACACAUAUUUCUUUAGCAGUGAAAUUUGACUGAAUAAUAUUUGAAAAUAUGUGCAAUUAUUGAAAAAAAUGUAUUUUAAAUAUAUGCAAUAAAUGUAA